AAAUACGUAGAACUUAUUGGAUUGACUUCCGUAGUCAAACAUGAUUGAAGUCUUUCCUAUAAAUGUCUGACCAAUGGAAUUUAAUUUUAGCUUCAUAAAAAAACUAACUUGAAAGAAGGAAAUAUAUUGCUUUACAAUGCUUACUGUUUAAGUACUACCCUGAAACUAUUACCAGAUAUGAAAUCAUUGUUCAAGUUGGACUUCUGAAUUAUUUGACAAGUGUGUUGUUUGGCUAUACUAAGUAUUUAGGAAGUCAGUGGAUUGGCUAUGAGAGCUGGGGAUAUUCACGACAUCAAAAAUGCUCUUUGGAACAGUUUUGUUUUCAUGUGUAGGACAAGAGUAAAUGACAUGUGAGCCAAGUUUUGGCAAGAUUUUAUCAGUGGAAUCUCAUGUUGCUACAUGUGCUGCAAUAUAUUUUGUUAUGCAAAUAAAACUGAAUGAACAAAAUAACAAAUGUUUGUGUGCGGAAAAAAUCAGAAAAACUAGUGAUAUUUAUAUAGCAAGAAAUCACUGAACAAUUAUAAAAAAUGUAGAAAAGUUAGAUGAGUGCAGAAGAUAAAUAUAUUUAUAAACCAGAAAACCACUUAUCAAACAAAACGUAGCAGGGAAAUAACUUAAUUUAAAUAUUUCAAUAAAUGCGAAGUGAUUAAAGCCACAUACAUAUUGUGUAUGUUUGGAUGUACACACGAAUGAAGUUAAUGAUGGCAGACACAGUUCUGAUAGAGAGCGGAAACACAGCGGAUGAUGUGAAGCCAUUUGAAGAGGACAAUGAAAUGCAACAGAAGAUCGACCAUGAGAUCAAGAUGAGGGAGGGGGCGGCACGACUCCUUGCUGCGUCUAAGCACCCGAACCAGUUGAUGGAGGCUGCGAAAAACCUACUCGCAUCUAAUACCCGUAUAGUAGCGUACAUGAGCGAGUUGCAGCGGCGAAAGACAGUGCAGGUGUUAGGGAAAAAUGUGACCAAUGAGGGCAGUCAGCUCCCGUGCAAGGCACGUCUCAACCUUUCUGACCUCAGGAUCCCUCUUAUGUGGCGCGACACAGACCACUUCAAGAACAAAGGCGACCAUAGACGCUAUGCUGUGUUUUGCCUGGUGAAGAUUGGUACAGACAUUCAAGACACUGCACUUAUCACUAAUGUGGACCGAAACAUGACUGACCUCUCGUUUGAAGAAGUGAUUGCCUUUGAUGAUAUACCUCAUGACUUUGAGUGCACCAUCGAGAUCUACUGCCACAAGUUGCACGAGGACCUCACGAUAGCAAGCACUCCGAAGAAACUGAAGAAAAAGGUUGUUAACCUCUCAGAGUCUGUCGGGCGCAGCGUGGGCAAGCGGCUCUCUGGACUGAACGACUCGGACAUCAUGGGAAACAUGGUUUUGGGCCCGAAGUUUGAUCUGGUGGCCAGUGGAGCCCUGAACCUGCAUGACGUGGACGACGUGGUGAGGACAUUUGAUCUCAAACUGGAGGUACAGAGCGAUACUGUGGGGUGUGAAAUGCCCCUGUUUGGCCACUACUGCUGCAGGUUAGCUGCCCUACCUAACUGCCUCGUACAACCUGUUGUCAACGGAUACCUCAGUCUUCGAGAAGAUGAUGACCUGGCCAAGUGGCGCCGCUACUGGUGCAUCCUGAAGAACCUGCAGCUCAGUUGCUGGUCUGCGCCUGAUGAUGUUGACGUUACCGCCCCUCUAGUCACUGUGCCUGUCACAAAGAAUACUCAGAUCAGUGAGGCAGACCCCCGUACCAGUCAACGCUCGCACACGUUCCACGUGAAGACGCUCAGCGAACGGUUUGUCUCGGAGGCCACGCUAGCAGCAGAUAAUCUGGAGCAGUUCAAUUUAUGGUGGGACGGUUUGCAACAGCACCUUCUGGACCAAGCAUUUUGGAAGCAGGCCUGUGAAUAUGUGAUGGACGUGAGGCGAGGGCAAAACAGAAGAACAGCAAUGUUGAUGAGAAAGACUUCUUUAUACGAUGAUGUACCUCUUGCUGAGCCAAGACGCAUAUCCGAUGAGCUAAAGGUUGAAGACGACAAACUGAGUGCCAUGUUGAACACACUAAUGGGAGAGGCAAAGGAAAUCCGCAGUGGCAGCAUUAAAUCAACGUCUUCCUCAAGUUGUGGCAGUUUACGGUCCACAUCUUCUAGCUAGCCUUGCGUUUAUUCGCUUAUGUCGGGUUUAACAAUAUAGCUGUUUGUUACCAUUGGUUAUGUUUUUUAGCCAUGAUUAACCGGGUUUAUAAAUAUAUUUAUCACAUAUAGCCCUGUGUUAAAUGGUUAACAGACAUCUCCUAGAACAAUUGUUCAGUGUAUAACAAGUUGUUACCAAGAUUGAGCUGUUAAAACUUGUUUUACUGGGGUUAUAAUUAUGAAUCUGCAGUGAAACAGUGAUUCUGAGCCACGUGUUGAAUAGACUACACUAAUUGGCCAGGUUUUACAGUGCUAGUAGUUAUUCUGUAAAGCCAUGGUUUACAGAUAUAUUGCUUUGAAGCCUUGCGUUACAAUGAGUCCAAUACCAUGUGUUACAUUGAUUGCACAAUCAAAGCUGUAUAACAGAAGGUACACUUUCAAGCCUUGCAUUACAAGGCUUAUUCCAGAAAGCCUGUAACCUAGGUGACACAAUUACACAGGAUCUGUGACCUAGAUGACACAAUUACACAUGCUUUUCCUGUAACAUGACACAAGUAAGGAGGAUUGUUUGCCAUUCAUAGAUGGGUCUGUUAACAAGUGUCUAGAAUGAAACUGUUGAAAGUGCCCUAGAUUUCUAUAUGUGAGGUACAAUAUUUUCAUGUUCGCUGUCAAUAAAUGCUUGCCAUGGUGUACCUGGGUAUUAAAAUCUCCUUCCCAUAGCCUUGGUGUACAACAAAGUUAGAACAGCUCACCAUAUCUUACAGGGGUAACAAAACUCCCAACAGCAGUACAAAUGUCAUGUUUUUGGUAUUUAGUAUUGAACAAGCAUUAUAGUUAUGAUUUAGAAAUCAUAUAAUGCAGCCUAAGGCGUGGAAGUACUUGAAAGCCCAAAACACACACAGAUGUUGUGUUUAAGAUGGUGAGACAUAAAAAAGUUAAUGCGUUUGAAAGGCAUGUGUUUGUAUAAAUUCUGCAACGUUUUAUAAAUGUGGUACAUAUUAAGAUAUUACGCGGUGAUUUAAAGAAAUUGAAUCGGACAGUAUAUUGAUUAAAUAUAAUGGCCACAAAAAGCUCCCUUUAAUAUCAAAAUACCUCCAGUCUGAGCUAGCUUCUUUCCAGUGUAGUCUAUGAUUUAAUGGACAAACUUUGUAUUAUGAUGCUUACUUUUGUUGAUAUUGUUAAUAUAUACUUCUUAAAUGGCAAAUUUGUUUUCAUGAAGUCAUUCCUUUGCUUAACUGAAAAUACAUAAAAUAAAAUACACCGAGAAAAAUAAGCGCAAUGUUAAGUUGGCAUUGAAUUCCAUUUAUACCAAAGAUGUUUGGUUUGUUACCAAACUAUUUUCUGCUGUCUCUUUAAACUAAUUUGUCUGAAGAAUGUACUUUGGAUUUUCAAUUGUAUUAUCUAAUAUUUUCACCAUAAUUGUGUAUGACAAUUUUCUGCUCUUAAAUCUUAAGUGGUAUAAUAAACAUUACUUCUUAACGUUUCGCAGCAUAAAAUUAAACUUGGCCUGUUUUUGAUGCAUUUAUAUGUUAAUGAUUUUAAACAUAUAUGAGAGAAAAAUAUGUUCAUUGGCAUUUUUGUUAACUUCUGCUAAAGGAACAGUGGGUAUUUAGUGUAAAGUAUAUGGUUAUAAAGAAAUAACAGAACACAAUAAGUUGAAUGGCAGUUUUGUUAACUUGGGCUAAAUGCAACUCAAUUAAUAGUGGGUCAAAAUCGCUCAUUUAAUGUACACUUUUGCAAUAUUGAAGAUAGCAACUUGAUAUUUAGCAUGCAUGUGUAUCUCAUGGAGCUGCACAUUUUGAGUGGUGAAAGGUCAAGGUCAUUGUCAUCCUUCAAGGUCAAAAUUCAAAUAUAUGAGGACAUAGCGUUUCAAAAACACAUCGCUUGAUUUUUAAACAGUUAUGUAGUUCAGGAAAUGCACAAUUAAUUUCCACGAUUUAUAUACAUACUUAUAAUAAUGUAUUGUGAUUAAAAUCUUUAACUUCUUUCUUAUUUCGAAGUUUCGAUGAAAGAAGGAAGAAUAUGUGCAUUGUAAUAUUGUAAAGAAAUAUUGUUUUGUGUCCAUUUUGUUAAAGGUUGUAUUGGUAAUUCUUGUUGAGUGACUGUGAAAUCUUGAAAAGUCUGUUUAUGGGUUUGCAUAUUGUUUAUUGCCAUACGUUCAAAAAUGUUGUAAACAUGCUUUCACACUAUAUACAUUGCAAUGCACAUGUACAUUUGUUUGCUUGCUUCGUAUUUGUAUGAGAAUAUUACAAUUUUAUGACUAUAAGUAUCCAGUCAUCAUUUCGUAAGAUAUUUAAUUUCAUUUUAAAAAGCUAAAAUAAAAAAUAACAAAAUGACAAAACAACCAAAAAACGCAGUUCAUUUAUAAUGUAUUAUGUUGUAACAAUCCGUAUUUUGAAAAACAAUGGGCACUUUCAAUAAAGGAAAAUACAGAGUAAAAAUAGUAAAUUUGUGAUUUUUAGUACAUAACUUACUUUAAACAGGAGAAUUGACAAUGAACUGUUUAAACUAUUAAAUUAAAUUAAAACAUGUUCGUACAAAAGUUAUUAUUUAAUUGGUAAAUAUAUCUGCAUUGAUCCUUGGGUCACAUUCUAUGGUAAUCAUGUGUUCAUUUAACAAAUAAUCAGGUAUUGUGUAAAUAUGUUUGUAACUUGUUUACCUAUGUAAAUAUGAUUUUCUUAAUUAAUGCCUUUUUGUAUUACAGCUGUUUUGUUUAAUUAACACAGACUGUGCUAUGUUGCUUUAAGUGAUGUUGUUAUUUGUAUGAAAACAUCUUCUCUUAAUUCCCGCAGGUUAUAUACUUGGUUAUCAAUUAUUUCAUGAACCUACUAUUCAGGCAUUGAUUGCAGUUUACAUAUUAAUUGUAAUUAAAUUAUCAAUUGUUACACGAGUUAUUUUAUAGUGCCUUUUUGAAUGGAAGUUCUUUUUAGAAAUUUAAUACUGAAUUUUACACAACACUGAACAUUUAAUAUCGAGUUACACAUAAAGAAACUGCUGUUAUUCAAUAUAUUUUUAUGUAUUUUGCUAAUAUUCGUAUUUAUAUGAAAGCUUAAUUGAAAUUUUGAUAAACUGAAAGUAUUAUUAAUUUUUACAAAAUAGUAAUGUUUACAUUUUGUUCUUAAAAUUUAAUAAUUGCAAUGUCACAUUAUCUUGAGCACUUAAAAUUUAGAUUGCAUUUAAAUAUAGUAAGUGUAUUAUUUUCAGUUUUCUGUAGAACAGAAGAAAAUUCCAUGAUAUUUGUGUUGUUAUUCAAUCAUUAUUCAUGCAAGGAUUACUAUAAAAAC